ACCCUUCCACAGGAUCAGGUUCCCAUAAAUGGAUAAGGAGCCUGAACACUCUUCUGGGCUGGGCUGGGCUGGGCUUUGAGUUGGCACCAUAUCAAUUCAGCCUGUCAUCACUUUCCAAUGUGAGAAAGCAAAGUCCAUAAAAACGCACACACAGCAGACAUUCCAUUCCAUGUCAAACUUGAAAGUACAGAACAGUGAGCUCCGUUUGAAGACUAAAAAAAUCAGAAAAAGAAAUCAGAACAAAAAGGUGCUUGUUAUACAAAGUUCUAGGGUUUUCCAUUAGAAAGGGAGAGUGGGAAAGAAAUCAAAUAUACAAAGUUUAAAGUUGGGGUUUCAGAGAGAGAGAGAGAGAGAGAGUAAAUGGAGCGUCUUCGUCCAAGACACAGAGAGGUUCACAUUGGCUUUACAAAGGCCGAGACUCAGAAAAUGGAGAGAUUGCUAAGGGAAUUAGGAGAACAAGUGCUGGAGCGACAAUUUUGUCAAAAUAUUGCAAAAUGUUUUAAUCGCUCCGCAGGUCGUGCUGGGAAACCGAUUGUGAAAUGGACUGAGGUGCAAAGUUGGUUGCAGAAUAGAGCGCAAGAGUUGCCAAACGUAUCCAAAAAUAUCUCUGAGCAACAGGGAAUUCGCCCUUUGAAUAAGGCACUUGGAAGUUCUGAAAUACCUAAAGAAGAAAAGACCGGAAACAUAUCAGAGUUGGAAUUUGAGGCAAGGUCAUCAAAAGAUGGGGCAUGGUAUGAUGUUGAGUCGUUCCUUGCUCACAGGUCUCUUAGUUCGGGGGAAACUGAAGUUCGUGUCAGAUUUGUUGGAUUUGGAGCCGAAGAAGAUGAGUGGGUCAAUGUAAAAAGAGCAGUGCGAGAACGCUCUGUACCACUGGAGCAUUCAGAAUGUCAAAAUUUGAAGGUUGGAGACCUUGUCCUCUGCUUCCAGGAGAGGAGAGAUCAAGCAAUCUACUAUGAUGCUCAUAUUAUUGAAAUCCAAAGGAAAAUGCACGAUAUAAGGGGAUGCAGGUGUCUUUUCUCAAUUCGAUAUAAUCAUGACAACAUCGAGGAAAGAGUUCGAUUGAGAAGAUUAUGUCGAAGGCCAACACAUUAGAGGUGCCAUGCACUGUCGUAAUGGUUUUUCACUAAAGCCAGCUCAGUUUUGUCAAUUUUUUGUCCUCGAGCUGUGUGAGGGCAUGAACCGGCACGAGUUGAUGUCAAUCUUUGCAAGGGAACUCAUUAGUGUUGAGUACUGGCGAGUUGAUGUGCGUUAGUCUUAUGUGGUUGUGAGUUUGAUGGAUCACUCCAACCCUUAAUGAGAAUUGUGAUGUUGGUUGCUGUAGUUCUGGCCUUCUAGGGUUGUUCUACUGUACUGUGGAUGUAUGGAUACAGGCAGGUAUAGAAAACGGAUUAAAACCAUGACUCGUUUUCGGUGGUCUGGCGGGGAAAAAUGGGCAAUGGGUACAAACACAAGGUGCCUGCCUACUUUCCAUAAGCAUUGCAGAAACUUCCAUAAUUCUAAUGCGUUUCACUUUCUUGGCUGUAUACAAUUUCCCAAGGUGUGCCGUACCAAGCCCAUACCUUCCUCCUGUUCUCCAUUAAAGCUAUUAAAUAUAGCCCGAAAUCUUCGGAUCCAGAUACGAGCAAAACCAUUGAGCUUUAAAAGCCCAAAACACAAUGAAAUUCAGGCGCCAAAUUUCUGUGGGAAAUUUCUGCGAGUUACUGUGCAAUCCGCCCUCGAAAAUAAUCACUGAUCAUCUACGACAUGACGUUUAUCCUUCGGUAUUUUUUUGGUGGGGAGGUGGCGAGCGGGUUUUGGUUGUGUGAUAAAGUAGGUAUUAUCUAUUCACUUACUCCUAAAUCCAUUCAACAUCUCCUCUGUCAAACAUCUUAACCCUAAACCUGAACUCUUUAGUAAUCGCUUCAUAGCUGGAUGCUAAUCGUCCUUUUUUAAUUUUGUUUUGUGAUGAAGGAUGGCAUUGAUAUUGAGAAAAAUGUUUUAACAAAAUCAAGUUGUCAUACUGGGAAAGGAAAAGACUCACAAAUAUGGGUCGUUGCAUAUGAUGUUUAAAAGUUACCAUCUCUCUAGUUAUGCUGUGGCCUACCGGCAGACGUCUGUUGCCAAAAGGGGAAGGAACCAGUGAUCAGAGUAUGUAAUUUUUACAGUUAAACAGAGGAUGAUGAUGGCAACAAUUGAAAUCAUUCUCCGAGUAAAAAUCUGAUUAUAUUCGACAAAAGUUUAACAACCACCAUGCCUCGGCCGGUUCAUGACAGACUCAAUUCGUCUUCUGAAAUGCCAAUUCAUGACCUGGCUGCAUUUUCUGACCAGCCAGAUUCAAGUCGAUCUGGUCAGUUCAAUCUAGAAAAUUCUGCACACCAUUGCCAUAUUCCGGGCUACCAUUUUGGCUCUGCAACUGGAAAUAAAACCAAAUGGCUUGGGGAGUUGAGAGGAACGUUGAAAUUGUAUGGGUGUACUGCACCAUUCUUCUUCUAGACUGAUAUACAAUUAAAAUAAGAGCAUAAAUGAAAUUCGCACAAUAUGCAUAGUUCCUGAACAUUUUUUAAGAGGUUGUGUGCCGCUUAACUCAAUCAUGUCAUUAGGCUGAAAGCACCCAUUACAACUUCCAAAUUAUAGGCUCGUAAAGGCUCCUCAUUCUUUAACUUGUUUUAUUUCUUAUUUUCCUAAAAGGCGAACAAUGCUUUUUGGCAUAUGCAAAUGUAUACUCGUGAUGCAAGAUUCAUUUUUCUAGCUCUUAAUCUGUUCUAUUGCAUUUAACUACGUUUCUUAUACCUAGACGAAAUCAGUUAACUUUCCUAAGCACUAUCUAGAACGUUUAACCAUUUCUCCCAACUAACAUUCCCCAUCCUGCUUCUGGUAUCACUAACUUCAGUACUCUGUCCAAUUAAGACAGAUGAACAGGAGUUUCAGCAAAGAGACAAAAUAUUUAUAUAAGGCUAAUACUAAACUUUGGUCUGUUUAGUUGGACAAUUAAUUAUCAGUCCCGUGAAAAAGGUGUUUCAAACUAAAACCAACAUUAAUCCACAGUAAUCUUAUACACACUAAAUCCAUCAAAACGGAACAGAAACCAAUGCGGAUACUAGUUACACAAUAAGACAAAUUUGUACUUCUCUUGUGGUAAUUACCAAGAGCAGGCUCAUAAAUGCAAGUUAGAAAUGCAUGAAAAUGAUGCAGUCACACAAAACGGCAGUCAUGUCAUGAAGUUUAACAGUAGUAGUUGGACAAUUAAUUAUCAGUCCCGUGAAAAAGGUGCUUCGAACUAAAACCAACAUUAAUCCACAGUAAUCUUAUACACACUAAAUCCAUCAAAACGGAACAGAAACCAAUGCGGAUACUAGUUACACAAUAAGACAAAUUUGUACUUCUCUUGCGGUAAUUACCAAGAGCAGGCUCAUAAAUGCAAGUUAGAAAUGCAUGAGAAUGAUGCAGUCACACAAAACGGCAGUCAUGUCAUGAAGUUUAACAGUGGUAGUUGGGGGGGGGGGGGGG